AUGAAUCAGUCUAGUUCGAGAGCAGAGGAUGGCAGUGAACAAGCCACAAUGCAAGAUCAUAAUCAUCGUGACAGCGAGAGAAGGUGGCAGCAGGAGCGACUCCACAGAGAAGAAGCCUAUUACCAGUUUAUUAAUGAACUCAAUGAUGAAGAUUACCGGCUAAUGAGAGACCAUAAUCUUUUAGGCACCCCUGGUGAAAUAACCUCAGAAGAGCUACAACAGCGGUUAGAUGGCGUCAAGGAACAACUUGCCUCCCGGCCUGAAUUGAGAACUCAGGAAAAUGGGGCAAAUACCAGAGACUCACAAGUCCCAAGAGACAGUUCCAGUGAAGAUUCUCUUUUAGAAUGGUUGAACACCUUUCGCCGGACUGGUAAUGCAACCCGAAGUGGACAAAAUGGAAACCAGACAUGGAGAGCUGUGAGUCGAACAAACCCAAACAGUGGAGAAUUCCGGUUCAGUCUGGAAAUCCACAUAAAUCAUGAGAACAGAGGACUGGAUGUUCAUGGAGAAGAUGAUGCAGGAGGCAUUCCACUUUCAGAUGUUAGUGGAGAUCAUACUAGAAGCAGGCGUCAAAGAUCAAAUAGUCCUGUGGCUAGGCGAACAAGAAGCCAAACCUCAGUGCGUGUCAGUGGUAAUAGUUCCAGCACGCCACGGACUAGGCGUGGUUUGGGGGAGCAAAAUUCAGGAGAAGGGUCUUACUCAACAGUGGAACGAUUAAGAAAUGGGGCUGGGGGGCCAGCUGGCAUUCCCAGGACUCGUGCUUCCCGUGCUCAUUUCAUUGAUCACACAAAUCAGCCAGGGGCUGGUGAACUCAGGCAAAGGGAGGGGCAGCGAUUUGGGGCAGCGCAUGUUUGGGAAAACGGGGCCAGAACGAAUGUAACAGUGAGGAAUACAAACCAAAGAUUAGAGCCAAUCAGGUUACGAUCUACCUUCAGUAGUCGAAGCCGUUCACCCAUUCAGAGACAGAGUGGCUCUGUGCAUCACAGUGCACAGAGGGAGAGUGGGCCCUUCCAGCACACCUUUAGAAGGUCUUUUAGGAGGAGGGAUGUAACUGAUGGCUUUGCAGAGCAAGAUAGAGAAUCCAGAGGUACUCCAGCCACCCCAUUCUCUAACUCAAGACUUGUGUCCAGAAUAACUGUGGAAGAAGGAGAGUCCAACAGGUCCUCUGCUGCUGUGCGACGGCAUCCAACCAUCACACUGGACCUCCAAGUAAGGCGGAUUCGUCCUGGAGAAAACAGAGACCGGGACAGUAUUGCAAAUAGAACUCGAUCUAGAGUAGGGCUAGCUGAAAACACAGUCACUCUGGAAAGCAAUAGUGGGGGCUUUCGCCGCACCAUCUCCCGUUUAGAACGGUCAGGUAUUCGAACCUAUAUGCAGGUCCAGGAGGGUUAA